AUGCCCCAAAGCGGAUCGGCUGCUAUCCAUCUGCCCCCGCCCAUGCCUGCGAUUCCCCUGCCGAACCAUGCGAAUGCCGCGCCGGGCCGCGCGUUGGUCCAAGUCGACCCACUCAGCGACGUAGCAGGUCCGCACAGUUACUCAUGCAAUUUGCACUGCCUGUGCAGUCGUGCACGUGUCUGUUUGCUGUCCAUGUAUGUGUAUCAGGCUGCAGAGAGGCCCAACAGGCCGUCAGAUGGGACUCGUCCCCCUUCCCCAUAGACUUGCCGCCCCGCCUGACAGCCAUCUAUCGGCUGCUGCACUCGGCGGCGGACGAGCUGCAGACCAUCAGCGGCGGGGUGGGAGGGCUGGACGAGUUCAUCGAGGACCACUGGCUGGCAGCCCUGGCUCGAGCGGCAUGGCAGGCGUCGCCCAGGAGGGACGGGCAGGAAAUCCUUCGCGGCCUGCUCUGUUGCCUGAGCCAGCUCAUGAGCCUGCAGCGGUUCGCCGCCGACCAGUGCAGGCAACUGGGCGUGCCGGUGGUCACGCAGGGCAAGGGCAUUGGCCGCCGGUUCCUUUGGCGGCGGCCAUAUCUUAAGGACGGCGGACCACUUCAGGAGGAGCUAAUGGAGGGGAUGAGGGAUCGGGGCGGACGGGCACCGAUCGUGUCUGACGUGCAUGAGACGACUGACCUCUAUUCGGGUAGGUAUACGGUGGGGCAGGAAGGAAGAGAGAUAGGAGGAGCCUCACAAUGUGUGGGACGUUGUUUGUGCUGCAGGCCGGGCAGUCAUGUUCAAGACGCCCUGCCAGGAGUACACGGCCAACCGCAAGCCGCCAUCGCAGUUCGGGGUCGGCGAGUGGGACGAGGGCAGGUGGGAGGAGCAGAAGCUCCUCACUGUCCUGAACGAAGCACGGUAAGCAAGAGCUACACGAAGGAAGUCCACACGCGUGUGCAUCCAUGUGUUGAAUCAGGGUGCUGGGCCACGUACGAGCGGCGGGCCGGCAUCAGGGCAUCAUCGGCAUCAGGGCGGUCCAGAUUUGUUUAGACGGCAACGGCGUGUACAUGGACAAGGCUGCUGGCUCGCCGCUGAAUGAGGCAAGCAAGUGAUCCGCUGCACGCACGGGACAGCAUCCCAUCUCUCUCUCUCUGUGUGUGUGUGUGUGUGUGUGUGUGUGGCAGGUGUUGUUUGCUGAGGAUGGGGACGUGCCGAGCCGCGUCGACCGACGGCAGCGGUUGGGUAUCAUCCGCCAGCUGCUGGAGGCCGUCGCCUUCCUUCACCAGAAUGGUGUCAUCUACCGUGACAUGAAGCCACAUAACAGUGAGUGGGCAAGGGGGAAGCAACGACGCUGUGGUGUGUCAUGUGUGUGUGUCUCUUGGCGGUCGGGCUGUGUUGGUUGCAGUUAUGUACCAUCGCCAUGGCGCUGACUGCUGGGCCCCAACCAGGCCGACCAAGUGA